AUGAGCUCAGCCGCUGCUUCUUCCAUGCACACGUCGGAUCGCACCGGCCCUUCGAGCUCCACCAUCACAUCGUCUGGCAAGGCAGAGCCGCCAGAAUCGUCCUCUUCAGCCGCCUCUACAGGCUCAGCAGCACUGUCAUCAACAUCAUCAACAACCUCUUCCACAACCUCAACCGGUCCACCUCCAUCUACGGUCUCACCAUCUCAACUUGGCCAUAACUUCUGGUCUUCAUGGAUAUCGCCUUCCUCGUCUUCGGCUGUAGCUGCAUCCUCCGCCAUGGAAAAACGAUCUAAGCCACGUCGGCCUUCCUUUGAAGAGUUUCGAGCCGAAGAGCCUCCUCAGGCUCGCCUCAUCCGUUUACGUGGCCUCUUCGAUACUCUCUUGGACGAAGACGAUGAGCAGGCUUUGGCUGGUGGUAGAGCCAGGGAAGAGUGGAUCAAGUCGGCUCGUCGUGCUCGCUACGGAGUCGGCGGCAGUCUGGCUCGUGGCAGCUUAGCUCCCUCGGACAUCCGCAACUCGACUGUCGGCUUCGAGGCGUGUACCAUGUCGAAUUGGUCUUCGUCUUCCAACAAUUCUCCUUCUACUUCAUCAUCGCCCUCAACAUCACCAUCUGCAUCAACGUCAUCUCCGGGAACGACUUCGUCCUCUUCGUCGUCGUCCCCCUCAUCGACAGAGUCACAGCUCCCCACACCUCCACCGCCUCCACGUCAAUCCUACGCCAAAGAACUCUUGAAUCAGUGUCGCAAAUGCCGCGAGGAAAUCGAGGAGCAACGCCAACGCCUCGCUGAAGAAGAGGCGAAGCGCUCUGCUAGUCCUGGCUGGUCCUCUUCCUUGAGCCUGCCCACCUGGCUUGGCGGCGAAAAGGCAUCCGACUCGGAACAGAAUUCUGCGGAUGCUCCGAAAGGCACCCUCGCAACGGUCACUGAAAAGAUAUUGCCAAAGGCUCUGUCCGGCCCAGCAUCGCAGCAAGGUACAGAGAGCUCCGCAUCUUCAUCUUCGUAUCUUGGCUCGAUCGGUUCGUUCUUCGGAUACGGCACCAAUGCACCGGUAUCAGACGCGCAAGCGCUCGGGUACGGCCACAAUCCACCAGACAUGGAGCAUGAAGCAGGAUGGACAGGAAGUGGUGUGUGGGGUCUUUCUGCCGUUGGCCACAAGAAGCGCGCUGCUGAUCGUGAUCGCGACGAGAAGGUGCGCCGAGGCGACAAGGUCGACGAUGAUGGCGGCGCGCGCCAACGCCAGAUUGAAUGGGAGGGAUUUCUUGCCUACGCCGAAAACAAGGAACGCGAGCUAUACAAGAUUUUUGUUGAGAUGGAUAGGAACGCCGACAUGCUGCUUGACGUCCAGGAGAUCCGCGCAGCGCUUGACCGUGCUGGCAUUGAUGUGCCCCAAAUCUCGCUCGACGACUUUAUCGCCAGUCUCACCAGCACUCGUGCCUCGGCCCACGCCAGCGGUGAAAGGACCUAUGUGACCUUCCCGGAAUUCCGCGACUACCUUUUGCUGCUGCCUCGUAAGCCGUCGGUGCCGGAGAUCUUCCGCUUCUACCAGGUACGAAAGGCGUUCGGUCUGUUCGGCAUGGGCGGUAUAUUUGCUGAGCUCGCCGUCGGCUGGGGCAAGACGGAGCGCGGUGCGGCCGCAGUCAACUUUGACGGUGAUGUUAGCCUGGCUGGAGAAGAAAAGAAGCGAGAGUCGCCUGCGGCCAAGGAGGCUAAACGUGCAGAAAAGCUUGGAAAGCGCCAAGAAGCUGCCGCUGCGGCGGCUGCCAAGUCUGUCGACGAGAUGGUGGAAUCUGCCGAUGCUUCCCCCUCGAUGAGCCCCAGCAAAGUGGACGAGACGAAGCAAAAGGCAGCACAGGAUGCGUCGUCGGCGGCGAAAACUGCGCACGAUCAGAGCAUCGAUGAGGAAGAAGAGGAGGAGGACAACGACAUGAUUCACGGAGCUGUCGCGCUCAAGUUUUUGGUUGCUGGUGGUAUCGCAGGUGCUGUUUCGCGUACUGCUACUGCGCCGUUUGACCGUCUGAAGAUCUACCUGAUUACAACGGCUCGCUCACCCGAGGUGGCCGAAACUGCUCAUGCGGCGGUCUCGGGACAAGCAGGCGUCAACCAAGCUGCUGCGGCGAAAGCGGCGGGUCAAGGGCUGGGCAUGUUGCGCGAAGCACUCUGGAAUCUCUACCGAGACGGUGGCGGAUUGCGCGCGUUUUGGGUGGGCAACGGUCUGAACUGUCUCAAGAUCUUCCCGGAGAGCGCCAUCAAGUUCCUAUCGUAUGAGACGGCCAAGCGCGCGUUUGCCAAGUACGUGGAUAACGUUUCGGAUUCGCGGGACAUUUCUGGGUCGAGCCGGUUCAUGUCCGGUGGGUUCGGUGGUAUCACGUCGCAGCUGGCGAUUUACCCGGUGGAGACACUCAAGACGAGACUCAUGUCGUCGCAGAACGCCAAGACGUCGUUGCAGGGCAACGCAUUGCUGGCCAAGACGGCGAAGGAUAUGUGGGCGGCUGGCGGGUUGAGGACGUACUAUCGCGGCUUGACCGCGGGGCUGGUGGGCGUGUUUCCCUACUCGGCCAUCGACAUGUCAACGUUCGAGGGUAUUAAGCUCUUCUACAUCAAGUAUACAGGCAAGGAGGAGCCGGGCGUGCUCGCCUUGCUUUCGUUCGGUUCCGUCUCGGGCUCCGUUGGCGCGACCACCGUGUAUCCGCUGAACCUCAUCCGAACGCGCUUGCAAGCUGCAGGCACGCCAGCACAUCCGGCCACUUACGACGGCUUCUGGGACGCCGCUAGAAAGACCUACGUCAGAGAAGGCUUCGUCGGCUUCUACAGAGGCCUGGUCCCCACUCUCGCCAAGGUGGUCCCCGCGGUCAGCAUCAGUUACGUCGUUUACGAGCAGUCCAAGAAGCGCCUCGGUGUGCAAUAG